AUGCGUCAUCAGACCUUUUCAUAUGUGGCUCUAGCCUUAUUAGCCGCCAUUGCAAACGCGCAGUUCGAGCACGCAGAGCACCCAUACAUAGCCCCAGCCUCAACCGACCGCCGCUCACCAUGCCCAGCCCUUAAUAUCCUCGCCAAUCACGGCUACAUCAACCGCGACGGCGCCUUCAUCUCAAGUGAAAGUGCCACGGUAGCUCAGAUGCAAGCCUUCAACUUCUCCCGCGCUGUGUCUGCAGGCCCCGUCCCUGCGGCGCUGAAAUACUCCGCCACGGGUGUGAACGGGACUUUCCACCUCGACGACCUGGCGCAAAAGCCACUGGAUCACGACGGAAGCUUGAGUCGCGGAGACCUAGCGCUGGGUGAUAACCUGCGAUUCAAUAGGACGAUUUGGGAUUCUUUCGUGGCUAGACUACCUGACGAGUUCGUUACUUGGAAGCAAGCUGCUGAGGCUGGUGCUGCGAGACUCGAGGAUGCGAGGAAGGAGAAUCCCGAGUUUGUGCUUGAUGCCGCUGGUGUCGCGGCUACAGUUGAGCAGAUGAGUGGUCUUCUUGCCGCGCUUGGAGGAAGUGUCGAGGAUGGAAAGGCGAGAAGGGAUUGGAUCAAUGCUAGUUUCGUGGAGGAAAGGCUGCCGUGGUCGCUUGGCUGGAGGACGAGUGAGACGGUGCUUGAGGGGGCGGCCUUUGGCCCGAUGGCGAAGGCCUUAAGGGAGUAUGCGCCAGGUGGGGUUUGA